UAUUGGUAACAUUAUCCCUUAAACUUUAUCAAGACAAACAAUAGGAGAGAGAAAUGAAUGCGCAAGUAUCCGGCCCAGUCCACUAGUCUAACAAUUUUACACUUCCCUCUCAUUAUCUUCAACACUGCCGGAAUCACCACCGCAGAUGGCGGCGGCUACCUAUGCUUUCACCACCCUCCGCCUUUCCAAGCCCCCUUUCCUGUCACAUACCACCCGCCGCCACCUCCGCACCCUCAUUACCUGCUCUUCUUCAUCCACUACCACUGAAUUUAACAUCAAAUUUGCCCCGCCCAAACCCAAACUCAAAUCGGAAUCCAAAUUACGACAAACCCCCGCUCCGAACUCGGAAUCUCCUGAAUCAGUGAGUUCAGAACUUGGAGACCAGCUAUACAUCCCAUGGAUUGUCCGCGACGAGAACGGGAACCUCACUCUCCAAACCACGCCUCCCGCGCGCCUCAUUCAGGCCAUGGCCCAUACGAAUACUCAGAAAAAGAAGAAAAAAGACAAUAGCAAUAUCAACAACAAUUCUAACAAAGCCAAGCAGCCAGCUUCGACGGCUGAACCAAAGUACUCCAAGGCGGCUCGAAGAUUCUAUAAUGAGAAUUUCAGGGAGCAGCUACAGCGGCUAGCGAAGGUCCUCGCAGCUUCCGGAGUGGCAUCAAGGAGAAGUAGUGAAGAGCUGAUUUUUCAAGGCAAGGUCACUGUCAAUGGCUCUGUCUGCAACGCGCCUCAGACCAGAGUUGAUCCAGCCCAGGAUGUGAUAUACGUUAAUGGAAGCCGACUAGCCAAGAAACUUCCUCCGAAGGUUUAUCUUGCUUUGAACAAGCCAAAAGGUUACAUAUGCUCAGCAGGAGAAAAGGAAACCAAGUCAGUAAUAUCUCUAUUUGAUGAUUUUAUGAAAAGUUGGAAUAAACGGAAUCCCGGAGUUCCAAAGCCACGACUCUUUACAGUUGGUCGCCUUGAUGUUGCCACAACUGGGUUGAUCAUUGUUACAAAUGAUGGAGAAUUCGCACAUAAGCUUUCACAUCCUUCAUCCAAUUUAUCAAAAGAGUAUAUUGCAACUAUUGAUGGUGCUGUCAAUAAGCGGCACUUACUUGCUCUCAGUGAGGGAACAGUCGUAGAUGGCGUCCAUUGCACCCCUGAUGUAGUGGAGCUACUACCACAGCAGCCAGAUAUUUUGAGAUCUAGACUCCGGAUUGUGAUUCAUCAGGGAAGAAACCAUGAAGUGCGGGAACUUGUUAAAAAUGCUGGACUUCAGAUUCAUGCAUUGAAGCGUGUACGAAUUGCUGGUUUUAGGCUUCCAUCUGGUCUUGCGCUUGGGAAGCAUGUUGAAUUAAGCCCAUCUAAUCUCAGGGCACUUGGUUAUAAGAGCUAAGGAACUCGGUAUCAAAUAGAUGUUCGAAAAAUUUCUGAGGUCACACGAACAACUCAGAGACAGUCGAUGAUUUUGGCAAAUAUAUUUUUUUAGGUAGGAGUUGCCUAUAGUUCAUCUAACCAUGAAUUCUGGAUUUGAAAUUUUGAUGGGUUUCAAAUUCUUCCAAAAUUAUAUUUUGGUGGAGCUAAUGUCCAGUGGGUUUCUGAAUAGAGUUUUUGACCACCCGCAUUUUACCAGACGUACUUCCCUACAUGUACGAUAAGGGUUCUUGUAGAUAAUAGAAUUGUCUUACAAGUUGAUGUAGCAACGAGGAGGAGAACUUGAAACUGUGAAGUCUGAAUUUAUGGAAGGUAUUUGCAAUCCAUGAACUUGUGUAGCUGAAGUUGUACAUUUUAGGCUCCUGUUUUUCAUGUAUUUCAUAGUAAUCCGACCAAAAAUUAUAUUAUUGUUUGUUACUGAUAAUAAGAUUGGGACGGAUAUGAUUGAAUGGUACAAUGAAUAAGGUUUUAACUUUUUUUUUU